AUGACAGAGUUGGUGAGGUUGGAGUGUGGUGUCCAGCACUACGACUGGGGAAAGAGUGCGUCGGACAGUUUCAUUGCGAAGAUGAAGCACGUUUCUUCUGGGGAUAAAAAGUACGCGGAGCUGUGGGUGGGUACGCACCCUAACUGUCCGUCGCGCACGCAGUCGGGGCAGCUGCUGUCCGAGUACAUCGCCAACCCGACUGUUGCGCCCCGCUUUCUCUCCGCGUCGCAGCAGCGACACCCUGAGUUCCGCAACAGCGUGCCAUUCCUCCUCAAGGUGCUGUCCAUUCAAACGGCACUUUCCAUUCAGGCGCACCCCAACAAGGCUCUUGCGCAAAAGCUUCACCUUGACAACCCAACCAAAUAUAAGGAUCCAAAUCACAAGCCCGAAUUGAUUGUGGCGCUAACACCGUUCGAGGCGCUCUGCUGUUUCCGCCCCCUGUGCGACAUCCUUCGCCUGGUGCGGAAAGUGCCACCACUGAGCACCUUGCUGGGGUGUGCCACCGAGUUCCCCGCGGGCAAUAGCGAAAAGGACACCGUAAAGAGCAUGAUGAGUCUGUUGUACAACUUGGACGCGGAGCGGCACACCAAAGCGCUGCGCGAACAUGUGGGGGCGGUGAUGGCACAAGGAGAUACAGCUUCUACAGAAGACCGCCUCUUUGUGCGUCUUAUGUCACAGUACCCGGAUGAUAUCGGGUGUUGGAUGGUGUACUUCCUCAAUUACGUGCAGAUGGAGCCUGGUCAGGGCCUCUUCCUCGCCGACAGUGAACCACAUGCGUACAUCUACGGUGACGGCGUGGAAAUUAUGGCGAGCAGCGAUAACGUUGUGCGUGCUGGCCUAACGCCCAAGUGGAAAGAUGUCCCCACGCUGUUGGAUAUGCUUAGCUACAACACUAAGGGCCUUCAGCGGGCCAAGUACGAGCGUCAGCGGGCACAAGGAGGGCUUGAGUGGGAGGUGCAGCACUAUUGCCCGCCUCGUGAGUUUCCAGAGUUCUCCCUCUAUCGCAUCGAACACACUGCGCAAACCGCAGGUAGCGCGAGCGUUACUUUGCCAACCAUUGGACUCGGAUUUUGCCUAGGUGGCGAGGGCUUUGUGAACGGGACGCGUGUGGUGAAGGGUGACUGCUUUGCGGUUCCCUACGGUCAAGUGAAGUGCGAAGCGGAGCGAAAUUUCUUGGUCUUUGUCGCAUCCAUGAACACCUCUGUUCAACAAAUGUCAAGGGUGUGA